CUCGUCUUCCCCAUUUUCCUUUUGUCGGGUGAACGGGUGAACGGAGGACAUCUCACAGGUGCACCGGCCCGCCUUCCUAGAAACAUUGCGUACUGCUUUGCUGUGCUUGUUCAGCACGACCGAACUGGAAAAGCCACGCAUCAGCUCAUCCACCAUGGUGCUCGCCGCUAUUGGCCAGAUCUGCUCGAAUGCAUCCAUGUCCCAUAACCUCGCGCAAUGCCAGAAGCUGGUGCAAAAAGCCGUGGCCGCUGGAGCAAAGGCACUCUUCCUCCCUGAGGCCUCCGACUACAUCGCCUCCUCAGCAGCAGAAUCGGUAGAGCUCUGUCAAGAUGUCUCCCAUAGCCCCUUUGUCCGCGGCCUUCAACAAGCUGCCAGAGCUCAUUCCUUGCCCAUCAAUGUCGGAAUCCACGAACCAACAGUUCCACCCUCCAAGAGAAUCCGUAACACCUUGAUCUGGAUCGAUAAAGAGGGGGAUAUCGUACACAGGUACCAGAAGCUGCACCUUUUUGACCUUGAUCUUCGUCCAAAUGGACCGAGGUUGAAGGAGAGUGACUCGACCGAGCCGGGCCAUGAGAUUGUUUCGCCAUUUUCGACCUCCCUGGGCAAGAUUGGUAGCCUGAUUUGCUUUGACCUGCGAUUCCCGGAGCCCGCACUCAGGUUGCGUAGGCAAGGCGCCGAUAUAUUGCUCUACCCGUCCGCAUUCACCGUCCCGACCGGAAAACUACACUGGGAGAUCUUGCUGAGAUGUCGAGCCAUCGAGACUCAGUGCUGGGUCAUAGCUUCAGCGCAGUGUGGUAGACACAACGGGAAGCGCGUGAGUUAUGGUGAUACCAUAGUCAUUUCGCCAAAUGGCCAGAUUGUGGGGCGGCUGGACCACGUGGACGACACUGAGAAGGAGGAAGAACAAGCGCGGGAGCCGGAUAUUCUCACAGUUGACAUUGAUCUCGAUUCACUGAGAGACGUCAGACGAAGCAUCCCCUUGCUUAGAAGGACCGACGUCUAUCCGGAGAUCUAACAUGGCCGAAUGCAAUGUACAUUUUAAAUGACCCGACAAUCUUACUCUCUGGUACCGAAACCCCGACUGUCGGUUUCACAGCCGGAUUCCCAUGCUUCAAGCCGAUGCGUCCAUCUUCCAGGGCUCAAGGCCAUCACUCAUUGUGAUAUUCCUGGGGCCUGUUGAGGACACUGUGAGAGCACGCGGGCCUGCCACCUCUACGCAUUCAACUGUCCCGCAUUGGGAAACGGUAUUCUGUGCGCAAGACGGUCGAGACGGGCCAUGUUUCGAUAUGUCGACAGGUUAGCUCCGGGGCCAACCUCUGGCAUAGAUACAAAGGAGGACCCUGGCCGUUAUACAAUGCGGCAAAUGUCGAUAUGACCAUCCAAUCUCCCCCUUCAAUUCCGACACAUCGGAACCUCUGUAGCCUACAGCAUUGCCCGUUUCACCUUCUCUUGUUCGAUGGAAUGCUGUUGUUUCAACAAAAGCUGCGGUCUCCCUUUCUCAGUACAGCAUAUCUUCCCUGGUGAUGACCACAUAGAUAUAUAUAUUUAAUUUCC